CUCCCUCCAUUCGGAAUAUCCCGUCACCUCCACCACUUCCACGCUUCCUCAUCCGUUCCCCGUCCUCAAGGAACCCACUUCCACUCCCCCUAUGAGACCCUAAUCCCAUCUCACCGCAAGGAAACCUUCGUAGAUGGCGAAAACCCUGGUAUCUUUCCGUUCCUCCAUCCUCGCCGCGCCGCUCCCUCCCCUUCCCCGCGGUGGCCGAUUCGGGGUUCCUGUUUACAGACCCCGGAAGUUGGGGACGCGGGUCAGGAUGAGCUUCCAGGACAUUCCACCCCUUCACGGCGCCGAUUCUUUGGCCCAUCUCCAUGGGAUUGUUUCGAGGAUGGAAAGUCUCUUGUACACGCUCGCGGAUGCCACUGCUCCAGCAACUGAUGCUUCCACUGUGGUUCAGAAGAACGGGGGAUGGUUUGGGUUCAUUUCGGAUGCUAUGGAAGUGGUUCUUAAGGUGCUCAAGGAUGUCUUUACAGCUAUACAUGUACCAUAUGCUUAUGGUUUUGCAAUUAUCCUACUCACUGUAAUCGUGAAAGUGCUGACCUUUCCUUUGACAAAGCAGCAGGUUGAAUCAACUUUAGCUAUGCAGAAUCUACAGCCAAAGAUCAAGGCAAUUCAGGAGAGAUAUAAGGGCAACCAGGAAAGAAUACAGCUUGAGACUUCUCGUUUAUAUAGGCAAGCUGGGGUGAAUCCAUUGGCAGGAUGCUUCCCAACUUUGGCUACAAUACCUGUUUGGAUCGGUCUGUAUCAAGCUCUUUCAAAUGUAGCUAACGAGGGGUUGCUAACAGAAGGCUUUCUCUGGAUCCCCUCGUUGGGCGGUCCAACAACAAUUGCUGCUCGACAAAAUGGAUCUGGCAUUUCAUGGCUCAUACCAUUUGUGGAUGGACAUCCGCCUUUAGGAUGGUCUGACACAGCAGCAUACCUAGUUUUACCUGUUCUUCUUGUUAUUUCACAAUAUGUCUCUAUGGAGAUCAUGAAGCCACCUCAGACAGAUGAUCCAGCUUCAAAGAAUUCACUUCUUGUUUUCAAGUUUCUUCCUGUUAUGAUUGGUUACUUUUCACUCUCCGUUCCAUCAGGACUGUCAAUCUACUGGUUCACAAACAACAUUCUAAGUACAGCUCAACAGAUAUGGUUACGGAAAUUAGGUGGGGCAAAACCUGCUGUUAGUGGGGAUGCAGGUGGAAUCAUUAGUGCAGGACGAGCAAAACGUACUGCUCAGCCUGUACAGACUGGUGAAAGGAUGAAGCAAUUGAAAGAAGAAGAAAAUAGGAAAAUGUUCAACAAAGCAUUGGCGGUUGAGGGGCAGACUUCAGCUUCUACAUCAAUUUCUGAUGAUGAAUCAGAUGGGGAGUCCAAUGAUAAGGGAAAAGUCUCUGACAAGGCUUAUUCAUCUGCUGAAAGCAAAAAAAUUCCCGAAUACACUGCACCAAAGAGGGGGAAAAGAUCAAAAAGGAAGCGUGCAGUGCCGUAGUAUUGUAGAUCCUUCAUCACUGUCGACGCAUUGGUCAGUAUGGUGCAUCUCCUGCAGCUAAUAUACAAGAAAUGCAUCUCGCCCAUUUUUUACUUUGUGAUACUGUAAAGAGAAGCUCUCAUUUGCAAUCCGAUCGAGUUAGCUGUCGAAACGAGAGGAAAGGAUUAGAGUGUUUCUAGAAAGGAUUUUGUCCAAGCUAUGUUGUUGUGUAGAAGUAGCCACUUAAUCUAUGUUUUCCCAAAAGUUGACAUCUAUUUGUAUGACAUUUAUUAACCUCAUUAUAGAAGUAGAAAGAUCAUGAUUUAAGAUAGAUAAA